AUGGGGGGAAAUGGCACACACGCUUCAGGGGAGACACCAAGCUCCCACCCAAACCGUUCAGCCCCUUUACAGUGCGCGGCUGAGGCACAGUUCCAGCACCUGCUCCUGCCAAUCACGUACAGCCUGGUUUGUGCCCUGAGCUUGGCUUCCAACGGCGUGGCCUUGUGGAGCUGCUGGGCCAGCCGGGCCCAGGCCCCGCCUGUCAUGAUCUUCAUCUACAAUCUCAUGGUCAUCGACCUGCUCUUUGCCUUGUCGCUGCCACUGCAGGCUGUGUAUCACGCUCGGCGCAAUGACUGGCCCUUUGGCGAGGGCUUGUGCAAGGCCACCAAUGCCCUCUUCCUAGCCAACAUGUUCAGCUGCACCCUUUUCCUGGCCUGCAUCUGCCUGGAGCGUUACCUGGCUGUCAUCCACCCUGUCCGCUACCUGCGCCUGAGGUGGCCUCUCUACCGUGUGCUGCUCUCCAUGGCGAUCUGGUCCUUGGUAGGGAUUGGGCUGCUGAUCUUCUUCUCCAGAAGCACUGUGACCCGGCGCUUCCCAAAUGGGAAUACAGCCUGCAUGGAGAAUUUUCCAGCUCAGGUCUGGACUGGUGGACUGGCAGCCGUGGUCCUGGUCUCCUCCGCGUUGGGCUUCUUUGUACCUUUCUUCACCAUUGUCAUCUGCUCCGUUGUGAUUGCCCGGCGCAUUAUGAGCCUGGCCCAUGGUUCAGCCCAAGCAUCUUCCUUGCGCAGGCACUCUCUCUACACCCUCCUGAUGGUGACCGGCCUGCUCACCCUCUGCUUCUUACCUUUCCACACCAUCUACACACUGCACACACUUGGCCGGAUUGGCGUCUUGUCAGUUCCACGGCUGCUGCACUUCACUUGUUCAGCCCAGCGUGCAGCCAUGGCCCUUGCGAGCAUCAACAGCGCUCUUGACCCUCUCGUGUACUACUUCAACAUGAAGCCAGCCAACUGGAAACUGCCUUGCUGUGGCACAGUUAGUGAGGUCCUCAUGGAUUCAGGCGAGGCUGCUAGCCCAACUGUGGAGGGCCUCAGGAGCAUGGCCUAUGGAGGCAUUGAAACUCUUUCAGCCCAAGGGCCAAAUUCAAUUCCAGGGGUGGCAGGGGCUGAUAAAUACAAAAAAUAUACCAGCAUAUUGUAG